CCUGACCUUGGAGCUCCGUGUGCAUUCGCACUUGACUCUAUUCAGAACUUACAAGCAACAAGGGUCGGUUACAUAUUGGGCGUUGCAAUCUUCGAUUCGAUGUCGCCCUGUUGGUUCCUCGCUCGGCCACUUCUGCAACCUGCCGAUUUAAUCCGGUUAGGUGGCCCCUCCGUGAGCAACAUGCUGUGUUUCUCAAUAUCCCUCACCAUCGUCACGUCUCCCUCAUCUCUUAUCCCUCGUCCCUUCAUCCUAACAUCCGGCAUUCACCCUGCCCGCCCCGCUCCGCUCUGGCUGUGACAAAACGGAACCGCAGUUGUUGAUGACACUGUCUGCAACACAGUAUACUCCUCAUCGUACAUAUACAAGACAUCACGUAUAUUUUGCGUACAACGUACCCAUAUGAGCCAUAUCGGAUUGAAUGAACGUCCUGCUAUCACCACCCUGGCGCAUCAUCCAUCGAACCCCUCCAUCUCCAUGUUAGCACCACCAUUGAAUUGAUUGGACUUGGAUUCUGGGCUGUGUGCUUUAUGCUUAUCGUUUGAUUUGAUUUUUCUGCUAUAAUUUUCUUCUUCUUUCCUUUCUUUGUCUAUUCUUGCACUGGGGCUGCCUGUCGCCCUCGACAUUCAAGCUUCUCCUCACUUUCCAUGUACGAUAGGUAUGUGAGGGAGGGGAGUUGCUCGGGGAGUACUCCGUACUCUAUGUGGUAUCGUUCCUUCUUUCCCCCUGGACGUGGUCCCCAUUUUGGGGGCCCAACUCAUCCUCAUCCCCCGUUUGCGUUCCCCCCGUU